CUCUCGCUUACUUGAAGGGCAGUGUGGCUAAAACCAUGAAGCAAAGCUUUAUUUCUGGUGUUCUUCUUCUCUUCUUCCUGUUUCUUAUUUCCUCUUCCCAUUUAUCUGCUCGUUCCCUAGCAAACAAACAAGGAAAAGAAGAGGUAGAGCUUACUCAAACAGCGGAUAUGGAAGACAAUGAACUAAUGAAUCAGCUAUUGGGGGUAGAAGCUUGUGAUGCUGGAGAUGAUGAAUGCUUGAAGAGAAGAAUAAUCUCAGAGGCUCACUUGGAUUACAUUUACACCCAGCAUCAUAAGCCUUGAGGACUAUUCCUUGUAUAUAUUCUUGUUAAGUUGUUCCAUGUAUAAUUAAGUUGUCUGGGAACCUUCAGAAUGGAUUAUGGUUAAGGUUUAUGAAUAUGUAUGUUAGUAUAAACUUAAUUAUGAUUAUUAAUGUAAGUGUUAAACCUAAUUAUGUAGCUAAA